AGAUACAGAUGUAGAACUUUCAGUUACUGCUUCAGCACCAUGUCUACCUGCAUAUCGCCAUGCUCCCCGCCAUGAUGAUAAUGGACUAAGCCUCUGAAACUAACUGGUGAGAGAGAGGCUAAGACCAGAGCAAGAGGCCCCAGGAGAGGCCAGAAGGGGACCACUCUGACCAGCGAGGCAGGCAGACCUCAGCCCCAUGGCGACCUGCCCUGUUCUACAGAAGGAGAUAUUGUUCCAUACAAGAGACUAUGCUUACAGAAUCCCCGCUCUGCUCUACCUGAAGAAGCCGAAGACCCUGUUGGCCUUUGCAGAAAAGCGGGCGAGCAAGAAGGAUGAACAUGCGGAGGUGAUCGUCCUAAGAAGAGGAAGCUACAAUGCAGCUACCCACCAGGUCCAGUGGCAAGCUGAGGAAGUGGUGAGCCAAGCCCAGCUGGAAGGCCACCGCUCCAUGAACCCAUGUCCCUUGUAUGACAAGCAAACAAAGAGCCUCUUCCUUUUCUUCAUUGCCAUCCCUGGGCGUGUAUCAGAACACCACCAGCUCCACACUGGAGUCAAUGUCACACGGCUAUGCCGUGUCAUCAGCACUGACCAUGGGAGGACCUGGAGCUCCAUCCAGGACCUCACGGAAACCACCAUUGGCCAUACCCACCAAGACUGGGCCACAUUUGCUGUGGGUCCUGGGCACUGUCUGCAGCUGAGAGACACAGCUGGGAGCCUGCUGGUACCUGCUUAUGCCUACCGGAAACUGAAUCCUAACCAGGCACCUGCCCCCUCUGCCUUCUGUUUCAUCAGCCAUGACCAUGGGCGCACGUGGAAGCUAGGCAACUUUGUGUCCCAGAACUCACUGGAAUGCCAAGUGGCUGAGGUCGGCACUGGAGCUCAGAGUGUGGUAUAUCUAAAUGCUAGGAGCUUUCUAGGAUCCAGGGUCCAGGCACAAAGUUCUAAUGGUGGCCUGGAUUUCCAGGACAACCAGGUAGUGAGUAAGCUUGUAGAACCUCCCAGAGGCUGCCAUGGAAGUGUGAUUUCCUUCCCCAACCCCACUUUGGGGCCAGAGGCCUUAGAUAUGUGGUUGCUCUAUACCCACCCUACAGACUCCCACCAGAGAACCAAUCUAGGUGUGUACCUCAACCAGAGGCCACUAGACCCCACCGCCUGGUCAAAGCCCACCCUGCUGGACACAGGCACCUGUGCCUACUCAGACUUGCAGAACAUGUGGGGUGGCCCUGAUGGCUCCCCACAGUUUGCCUGUCUGUAUGAAUCAGAAAACUAUGAAGAGAUUGUUUUCCUCAUGUUCACCCUGAAGCAAGCUUUCCCAGCAGUAUUUGGUACCCAGUGAUCUCACUGCUUGUGGCCAAAAGAGCUUCCUUGUGCUUCAAAACACCCACCACUCCUUUCAGCAUCCUCUGGACUUUUGAGUCCAGCUCUUGGGUCCCAUCUUAGGAGGAUACAGAGAGCUUGGUCUCUUGAGUCUUUGAAGACUUUGUUGUUUCAGUCUCUGCAGUGGGUUCUAUCUCCAGUCCAUAAAGCAAAGAAGCCUGGCCUUCCUGAGCCUAUCGACAGGGAAGGUAGGGACAGUACAUACAGAGACUGUCAUUCUACAUGUCAGCUAUUACAAUGCUAGCCUUGCCUCCCUGUUUCCCCACUCUUAGUUUUUGGGUGAGUGUUAAUAAAUUAUGUAAUACAGUUUAUUUCUU